GCUUUUAUCACAUUGUCUGGCCUUUCAGAUUCUGAAUCUGUCUCUCAUGGUCCUGCUUGUUUCUUGAUGAGUUGAAAGACCUUGUCAGCUGACUGCAAGGUUACUUUCACCAAUGCUUAAUGGUUAGAUAUUAAGAAUGCCCUAAAGGCUUUUGUGUGCCUAUUUUGAAGUUUACUGGAUAAGACAGGUCAGUGGGAAGGGUUUGAAGGUUAUUAAUUUGCCAAACACAUACUUCUUUCUCUUUUUCUCUCUCUCAUUUUCUCUCGCUCACUCUCCUUUCUGUACCUCUCACUGGUGUGUCAACUGUUACAUCAGUAACAAAUCCACCAUAAGAGAGUCGAAAGAGCUCAAGUCCUCUCUCUCACAUACAUAUAGUUGUGGAAUUAUCAACUCUGAGAACUUGGACCAUUGCUACCAACGAUGGGAGUGGAACAACCUGAGUAUUCUGAUGCUGAUUUCACAUAUGAUUAUGAAUUAAUCAGAAGAGGUGGGCUGAUCUUUGCAGCUGUUUUGUUCUGUUUGGGCAUGGCAAUCAUUUUUGGCAAAAAACUCAAGUGUGGAAACAAAGCAGCUAAGCAUGAGGACAAUGGUGAACUAUGACAUCUCCUUCAUUAACCUACACUGUAUGGGGCACAUCAUGAAAUUAUUUUACCAAUGGUGGUCAUGAUUUUAUGAUCACUUGAGGUAAAAAUACAUGUAGAUUUUUUUCUAAUGAGCAUUGUUACUUUCUAACAAUUGAUAAGAUGUUUGUAGCUACACCAUCACAAUAAACAUGCUG